UCCGGGCCGGGCUCUGUUCAGCGGCAUCAUCGUCACGAUGCGCGCAUGCUCCCUAGCGGGAGAGGGCACUUCUCCGAGGGGGAAGAAAAAGGGCAAAGUCGAACCUGGCAUGAGAGUGGAUCGCGAGAGCGGGAGGUAGCCGAGCCGCGCCCCCUCCUUUCCUUUUCCCACUUCAGCAGGAGCAGCGCCGCAGCCGCACUAGCCCGCGCCAUGGUGCUGGACAGCUUGGCCCGCAUCAUCAAAGUGCAGCUGCCCGCCUACCUCAAGCGUCUCCCCCUGCCAGAGAGCAUCAGCGGUUUCCUCAGGCUGACAGUUUCAGAAUGGCUACGGUUACUGCCUUUCCUGGGUGUCCUUGCUCUGCUCGGAUAUCUUGCUGUUCGUCCAUUCCUUCCGAAAAAGAAACAGCAGAAGGAUAGUUUAAUUAAUCUCAAAAUCCAAAAGGAGAAUCCCAAAGUAGUGAAUGAAAUCAACAUUGAAGAUCUGUGUCAUACUAAAGCAGUAUACUGCAGGUGUUGGCGUUCCAAAACGUUCCCUGUCUGUGACGGCUCUCACAACAAGCACAACGAGUCAACAGGAGAUAAUGUGGGUCCAUUAAUACUCAAGAAGAAAGAAGUGUAGCAAUUCCUUAACUAAACCAUGACUGAAAGGAAGGCCUACUGUUACCCCAUACGUGGUAGUGCUUUCAGUCUAAGAAUUGCUGUAGUCUUGAUUUUUGAUAUCUUUUUAGGUUUCUUUAGAUUUAUAAGACUGUGCUAAGCGUACAAUAUUUUGGAUGGUAGGAAGAAUAAUGUCUGAUGUUACAAAAAUAUCCCCCUUAAACAUUGGUGUCAAUCAGUGUAACAGAAUUACUAUUCCCAGAGUUUCCAUUUAACAUGUUUGGUAUGAACAUCCUGUAAUAAAACAUUAGGUUAUA